GUUUUUGAAUCGGAGCGGCAGUAUGGCGGAACACAGACAGUGAGCUGUUGUUGUUAUUAUUUAUUGACGCACUGAGGCGGAGUACAGUCAGCCGGUUACUUACUUCUCAACGUCAAAACCGACAUACACGAGACAAAGAAAGGACUGCGGGUUUUAAUCUUCAAACAAAUCAACUUUUAAUUCACUAAACGGCUGUUAAAUAACCCAACACCGACAGGUCAGUUUUCGCAAAUAUGUAUUUUAAAUGCAAGUGGGCAGGUUGUUGACCUCUGUGAGCUCAUUAUUAUAGAAAGAUGAUUCAAUUUGUGGACUGAAAUGCAUAUUUUAGACUUUUAAAUUAUGGAUUUAUCAAAAGGAGAGGUCACAUCAUCUUUUAAUAAAACCAAAGAAAUAAACAAAACCUACACGAUCUCAGCACUCACAACAAACGGGGAAAACGCAUUCAAAAUACCAUCCAAACUCACUCUUCAGAGAAAAACCAGCAGAAAUCAUCAUGACGAAACCACACAGGAGAACCCAAAGCGCCUCACCCUUCAGAGGAGAACCAGAACAGGCUCUUUGAACAGAACCAAAGUCCUCACUGAACCCAACCCAGCACCAAAAGAGACUCAAGACACCAUUAAAACACCUGCAAAAACCUCAUGGGGUGCUCAGAAAGCCACCCAGGAGGAGAACAAAACAGUUUCGACACCAACAAGAAGAACCCAGUUUGAGAAGCUGAGCGUCAAGAGGGACGUUUUUGAGAAACUGGCUGGUAAAGAUGCAUCUAAACCCACAUUUCCAAAGCCAGGAUCUGCCAGAGGAGCGAAGCCUCCUCAGAUGAGCAGUGAAAGUGGGAGAUCUGCAGGUGAGAAGCUUCUGGUUGGUGGUUUAAAUAGGCACAUGACUCCUGCAUCACAGCCAGCACAGGUGAGGAGACCUGCAGGCCUGAUGAGCUCCAGCACACCUCAUGGAGGAAGAAGAGUUGAAGGACACACUCCUGCUGAAGGCUUGAGCAAAAUGAGUGAAUUACAAACUCAAGAGCUGAAGAUGGAGAACAGCGCAGUCACGGUUGCUGUACGUGUAAGACCUUUCAGCUCCAGGGAGAAGAUUGAAAAAGCCUGUCAGGUGAUCUUCAUGGAAAACCAGGACACUUUAGUGCAACAUCCGGAUACCAAACAAACCCACAAAUUCACCUUUGACUUCUCCUUCUGCUCUAUCAAUGAAGCGGAUGCAAGUUUUUCCAGUCAGCAGCUGAUUUAUGAAAAACUGGCUCGACCUUUGCUUGAAAGAGCAUUUGAGGGAUUUAAUACCUGUCUCUUUGCAUAUGGACAAACAGGGUCUGGAAAGUCUUACACGAUGAUGGGUUUUGGUGAAGAAACUGGAGUUAUUCCCAGAUUCUGUGAGGAGCUUUUUUCAAGAUUGGCCAGAUCUGAAACCAAAGAGAUGUCUUGUCAUCUGGAGAUGAGUUACUUUGAGGUCUACAAUGAGAAGAUCCAUGACUUGCUGGUGGCCAAGGAUGAACAAAACCAGAAGAAAAUGCCUCUGCGUGUUAGAGAACAUCCUGUUUACGGGCCUUAUGUUGCAGAUCUGUCCACUAAUGUCGUCUCAUCCUACUCCGACAUUAAGACUUGGCUUGAAUUGGGUAACAAACAGAGAGCCACAGCCGCCACUGGCAUGAACGAUAAAAGCUCCAGAUCACACUCUGUUUUCACUCUGGUCAUGACACAAACCAAAACGGAGUUUGUGGAGGAAGAGGAACACGAUCACUGCAUCACCAGCCGAAUAAACCUGGUAGAUUUGGCGGGAAGUGAGCGCUGUACUUCAGCCCAGACCAGCGGAGACCGGCUCAGGGAGGGAGCAAGUAUCAACAAGUCUCUGCUAACCCUGGGAAAGGUGAUCUCGUCGCUCUCUGAACAAUCUCAGAGCAGAAAGAAAGUCUUCACUCCAUACAGGGAGUCCGUGCUCACAUGGUUACUGAAGGAAAGCCUUGGUGGAAACUCUAAAACGGCCAUGAUUGCCACAUUGAGCCCUGCGGCCAGUAACAUGGAGGAGAGUCUGAGCACCCUGCGCUACGCCCAGCAGGCCCGCAUGAUCAUUAACAUCGCUAAAGUCAACGAAGACACCAAUGCCAAACUGAUCCGAGAUCUGAAGGCUGAGGUGGAGAAGCUGCGAGCAGCUCAGAUGAGCUCUCAGGGAGUCGAGCCGGAGAAGAUGAGACUCUUUCAGCAAGAGAUUGCAGCGCUCAAGAACAAACUCUGCCAACAGGAGCAUGAAAUGGCUGAAGCUCACAGAACAUGGAAGGAAAAACUAGAAGAGGCUGAGAGGAGGAAACGAGAGGAAGCCAAAGAGCUUCAGCGUGCCGGCGUCACCUUUAAAGUGGAUAAUCGGCUGCCUAACCUUGUGAACCUGAAUGAGGAUCCGCAGCUGUCAGAGAUGCUGCUGUACAUGAUUAAAGAGGGCCAAACCAAGGUCGGCAAGCUCAAGUCUGAGUCGGCACACGACAUCCAGCUGUCUGGAGCACUCAUCGCCGAUCAGCACUGUGUCAUCUCCAGUGUGAAAGGAACUGUCAGCAUUAAACCAAUGCCAAACGCCAAGACCUUUGUGAAUGGACAUCUUGUUUCCGAGUGCACCGUUCUCCACCAUGGAGACCGUGUGAUUCUUGGAGGAGAUCAUUACUUUCGGUUUAACCACCCUGCGGAGGUUCAGAGUGGGAAACGAGCAUCCUGCUGGAGCAGUGGAGACGGUCACAAGGACUUUGAGUUUGCCAAAAAUGAGCUGCUGUCGGCCCAGAGAGCUCAACUGGAAGCUGAGAUCCAGGAGGCUCGCUUGAAGGCCAAGGAGGAGAUGAUGCAGGGCAUUCAGGUGGCUAAAGAGAUGGCACAGAAAGAGUUGAGCGAGCAGAAGAGUCUGUACGAGAUCAAGAUCAGAGCUCUGGAGAGAGAGUUGAAGGAGGAGAGUGAAAGGAAAAGAGAACAGGAGCUGCAUAAACAGAGAGCCGCCAGUCAGAUUGAGCAGCUGCAGUCUGUAAAAACUCUACUGGAGAAGGAAGUCAGCAGCCAUAAGAGACGUCUGCAGAUGGAGGCUCAGGCCACUAGACAGGCGAUGGCUGAUCAUGAUGUCCGGCAUGCUAAAAUUGUAGCAGCUCUUGAGGCCGAAAAGAGGAAGAUUGCCGAAGAUUUGGCUCAGAUUGAAAUGAAACGUGCUCUCAAAGUCACUCAAACCCCUAAAAUGGCUAUUCCGCAAUGGGACGCCAUGAAGCUGUCUUUGAUGAUUGAAGAAGCAAACAAAAUCAGCGGCAAACUCAGAAAACACACAGUCUUCAGCAGACACGAGGCUGCUGAUAAAGAGGUGGAGGGUGGAGACGCUCAACUGCAGGUCCAGGUUCAGAACACCAAACUGGGCAUUUCCACCUUCUGGAGUCUGGAGAAGUUCCAGAGCAACCUGGCGGCCAUGAGGGAAAUCGAGCAGGGGGAAAGCGCUUCUAAAGAUGACGACGUGUUUUACGACCCUAAUGAUGAGUGGGAACCAGACCUAUCGGCCUCUUCCUCAACCUCGUCUUUCUCUCGAAGAAGGAGUAGAAGUUUGCUAAAGAGCAGAAGAAUUUCUGGGCGUCUCUAUGAGAUCCGCGUUCACCCCAUUCAAAGUCUACACUGCACUCCCUCACAGUCCACUGGUCUGAUGAACAAGCCACCCUCUCUGCACUCCAGCACCUCUGACUCCGCCCUCCCAGGCAUUUGCAAAGAUCUGAUUGGCUCUGCUGUUGCUCGUCUGCGCUCCUGCCAAUCAGCUGACGAGAGUGAAAGCUUGGCCGACAAACUGACCCUAGACCUGCUGUCAGUUCACAGAGCUGUGAGGGCCAUCACAGACCUCUAUGAGGACCUAGAUGACGACAGUGAGGAGAACUUGUUUGCCUGCAGUACUGAAGCCCAGACUCAUCUAGUGAAGGCCACGUCAGCUGUUGAAAGGGCCGUGUUCAUUACGAUGCACUGGGUCUCCAGCAUUACAUUCGGCUCUAUUACUGUGUCUCAGAGAGCCGAGGAGCUCAAGAUGGAGGUCAAGAAAAUCGGAGGAUACCUGCAGUUACUCAUUCAGGGCUGUGACUCUGAAAUCUCCUCCAUGGUGACAGAGGCCCGGAAGAGGGUUGCCGAAUGUAUGAAUGCAGUUUUUAAAACCAUCGGUUUUCUGGCUGCAGUGAACGGCACUGAUCUUCAUUUGAAUGAACAAAAUUCAGAAAUCAUAGACAAUAGAUCAAUUGUGGAUUGCUUGCAGGAUGGGAUGCGACAAAGUGUGAAAGAUCUUCUCUCUGUUGGUCUGCUGGUCACUGAGGAGAUGCUUCAAGUUUCUCACACGGGAUCAACGCUUCAGAUUUCUAAAUGGAUGGAUGUGGCCCGCUCUCUCCAGAACUACCUUCGCUGCUGUUUGUCGAAGAGCUCAGACUCCUCUGAGAAUCAUUGUGUAGAUUAUGAAAGCUCAAACUUGUAUGACAUUCAAAGCACCACUACCAAACUCCUCAAGCUGAACCAGGCUAUCAAAGAUCUGCAUUCGUCUCUGUCUCGGUUUCUGAAGGGUAGGAGAAGCGACACUUCCCUCAGUGAAGCGAUACAGUCUUCAUCCCAGACGAUUGAUAAAAUCAUCAGCAGCCUUCCUCAUGAAAUAACAGGACGUUCAGAUGGUCUUCAGCUUCAGGAUGACGUUCAAUCAGCGCUCCAGGCUUUGCUAGCAGUGUUUUCUAACAGCACCGAUGAAAUUCAGAAGCCGACCACAGACAGACACUUUGUUCAAUCAGGUUACAGCAGCAGAAAUCGAACCGUCCCUAAAGUUGUGUAUUCUCUUUCCUCAGGCAUUAGCACAUGCUCCAGAGACGCCCGAUGGGUGUGAUUUAGUUAAGUAUAUAAUGAUUUUUGGCAUAACUGCAAAAUUGUUAUGUAUAUUCUGUUGUUUACUGCACUCAUACUGGUCUACCAUUGUUUGCCUACAAAUUUUGUCUGAUUUCUUUGAUGGAUUUUAAUGAAGGGCUUAAUGGUACAGCUUAUGAAAAGAGGUUUCUGUGUAUUUUGUAUUAUCAAGCAUUAUCAAAGCAUUAUAAAAGCUAAAUGAGAAAACACUUCACUUUCUGGAUAUAUUUUGCACUUGAAACUUUUGCACAGGCUUUGUCACAGCUGUUUUUCUACACAUGGAGAUGUGAGUUUUAGCAUUUGUAGCAGCAUGUACUCUGGAUCAUGUAAUUGUUUGAUAAUAAUUUAUACUUUCAGUAAUAAACACUCACUUGGAACGAGG